AUGAAGUUCAGCAGUUUUCUCACCACCGCCGCGCUGUUCUCCCAGUCCGCAGUGGCCCACUACAAGUUCCCUGCGUUGAUCGUGGAUGGCACACCUACCCCUGAUUUCAAAUAUGUGCGCUUCAACACUAAUAACAUCAACCCGAUAUUGGACCUCAACUCCAUUGAUCUGCGAUGCAACGAAGGCGGCCUUGCGUCUGGUCCACAGACCGAGACCGCUGUCGUUCAAGCAGGAUCCACGGUCGGCUUCACUCUAAGCAACUCCAUCAGCCACAUCGGACCACUACUGGUGUAUAUGGCCAAGGCACCCGGGGACCCAUCAAGUUUCGAUGCUGCCGGAGAUGUUUGGUUCAAGAUCCACGAAUGGGGCGCAGACUUCUCUUCUGGGUCAAUCAACUGGCCCGAGCUUGGCCUCAUGAGCUACACCUUCCAGCUCCCUCCUUCUCUGCCCGAUGGCUCGUAUCUCCUCCGAAUCGAGCACAUCGGCGUCCACAAUGCAGCCAACCCUAACAGCGCUCAGUUCUUCGUCAACUGUGCCCAGGUACAGGUGACUGGAGGUGGCAAUGGCAAUCCAGGGCCGCUGGUUGCGAUUCCUGGACUCUAUAACAAUGAGGACCCUGGAAUUCACUUCAACAACUAUUACCCUCCUCCGACAUCAUAUAUCAUCCCGGGUCCUCCAGUGUGGUUUGAGUAG